AGAAGAAGACUCAUCCCUCUCUCUCUCUAGGGAUUUCUACUUCUAAAGAGAUCGAAGAAGAAAGAGAUUUUGUUCGUUUCGAGAUUUUUGACCUCAGUCCCCCCAAUGGCGUCAAACACGAGCAACGACAAUUUCCAGCAUAGACCACGGCAAAGAAACGGACCGCCUCCGCCGCGGCGACAAGGAAGAAACCCGCCGCCGCCACCGGCUCGGAAUCAACCACAGCAGCAGACUCCUCAGGAGAAGAGGAAACCGGUGUUCGUGAAGGUGGAUCAGCUUAAACCAGGAACGAGCAGUCACACUUUGACUGUUAAAGUCGUCGAUCAGAAUUCCGUAACUCAGAAGCCUACUGGUGGUGCUUCUUCUCAUCUCCGGCCUGCUCGGAUCUCUGAGUGUCUCGUUGGUGAUGAGACUGCUUGUAUCCUCUUCACUGCUCGCAACGAUCAAGUGGACUUGAUGAAACCAGGAGCUACUGUGAAUAUCCGGAAUGCAAAGAUAGAUAUGUUCAAGGGAUCGAUGAGGCUUGCUGUUGACAAAUGGGGUCGCAUUGAGGUCACUGAACCGGUUGACAUUACUGUUAAAGAGGACAACAAUUUGUCUCUUGUGGAGUAUGAGCUCGUCAAUGUCGUUGAGGAAUGA